UAACCAUUGCAUACCUUGCAGCUGGACCGACACCAUUUGCCAUCUACGCUGCACGUCCGAGCGCGCAUUCAAGAUACGAAUAAGAAUUGCUCACUUGGAGAUUACCUCAUCCGUGCUGCACAGCAGGCUCUGCCCUUCUUUUUCUCUGCCAAAGCCGCAGCUGCAGCGACGGCAACGGGUACCAAUCCAGUGCUUGGCUGCCAGAGUGGUUACCCACCGACUUGUGUACGCCUACACGCCCACCUAGCGAUAGGCUGCACGCUCUUUCGAUCAGCCAAGAGGAAAAAAAGAAACAGCAGAGAGAGAAGAAAACUCGCGCUGCUGAUACACGAGCAUAAGAGCACCUGGUCUUUUUUCUUUCUCGGUCGUUGGCUUCGAGGAUCUCAUUGCCAUCGGGCUACGGUGCGACUUUCCUGGCCUUGGACCUGCGAGGCUGCGGACGGAGAUCCCAGAAGCAACUUGAAUUGCGACAUCACCCAUCGCAACACCAGCAUCAACCAAGCGACAUCGGUGUAGGCCGAGCGGUGCUGCCACCAUGUCGAACCAGGCUGUGGGAAACGUUUACCAGACGAUCAUCGAAGAGGUGAUCAACAGCUCGCGAGUCGAUUUCGAAGAGAGCGGUGUUGAGGAGGCCGUCCUGGAGGAGCUGCGAUUGGGAUGGCAACAGAAGCUGUCUCAGCUCGACACACAAGCUCAGUUUUCUACGCCGUUGUCGUUGCCGACGGCGAGCCCUCCCAGCGGCGGCUUGCCACAAAACGGUAUCAAGCAGGAGCCUUAUGUGAAGGCAGAGCCAAGCAUCAAGCAGGAGCCCGGCGCUCAGCCUGGCUUCCCUUACCAGAACUACAAUGGAAUGGAAAACAAGGCCGCGAAUAGAGCCGCCCAACAGCUUCAAGCUCAAUAUGGAAAUCGAGCAGCAGGCUCCAUCAAUGCGAUACAAGACCGUAUGGGGCAGCAGCCUCAACCACAGGGAUCGGCACCGGUGCUACCACAGCAGCCGCAGCAGCAGAUGCCCCAUUCAUCGGAACAAUCGAUGGGCAACGCUCAGGUUGAUGGUGCUGUCGAUGACAUGAUGGAAGAUUCCGACGACGAUGAAGAGACCUUUGAAGGUGUUCUCCUGCGGAACGGAGUCAAUGGCAAUCCAGAGGAGCUCGGAAGAGUUGAUAUCGACCGUAUUCUCCACGACCAGAUUGCUGCUAAAGCCAAGAGCAUGGAAGGAGGUGGCCUGAUGUUGUCCCUGAAAGAGGCCACAAAACAUCAGUCCAAGUCAAGCGCCGCCAAGAAACUGAGGAGCAAAGGCAAAGCUCCCGCUGGCGUAGCUGCUUAUGAUGGCGGAGAUGAUGACGAUGACAUUGAUGAGGAUGCCAUCAAUUCCGAUUUAGAUGACCCUGACGAGGAUCGGGAUGAUGAUGAGGUUGAUGAUGAAGGCCUGGGCCACAUCAUGCUUUGCAUGUACGACAAGGUCCAGCGCGUCAAGAACAAGUGGAAGUGCACCCUCAAGGACGGCGUCCUUACCGUCAACGGCAAGGAGUACGUCUUCAACAAAGCAACCGGCGAAUACGAAUGGUAGUGAGUCCACGGGAGAGAAGAUGUGCUUACCAAUGCCGCUUUGCGACGUCAUGCAGUAGUAUUUGCUUGGUGGUGUUAUACCUACAUGUCUGCUUUAAUCUAGCUUUUGCUCACGACUUUCCACUUGCAUCAUUUGCGUUUUUUUUCUAUAAAAAAAGUUUAC